CGAUAAGACAAACGAAAGCUGGGAACGCGGAAACAGAGUAGAAGCGGCGGACGAGAGCGGAGGUGCGUGAUAACCGGCAACUGCGGGAACGAGCGACACUCGUCACACGAACCGCUUUGAAACCCGGACGCGGGUUUAACGCGUUCACUUUUAUUUCGUCGGAUUAGAAGCCCGUUGGAGUGGAUAAAAGCGAGGAAACGGGAUUGGUUGUCUCUCCGGGCUUGACUAGAAUCGGUCGGAUUUGAGCAUGUCGGGGAGCCGAGAGGAGGAGCGGCGGAAACUCGCCGACAUCAUCAACCACUGGAACGCCAACCGGCUCGACCUGUUCGAGAUCAGCCAACCGACGGAGGACUUGGAGUUCCAUGGCGUGAUGCGCUUUUACUUCCAGGACCGAGUGGCGGGGAACUUUGCCACAAAGUGCAUCCGAGUGUCAAGCACAGCCACCACACAGGAUGUGAUCGAGACUCUGGCGGAGAAGUUCAGGCCUGACAUGAGGAUGCUGUCUUCUCCCAAAUAUUCACUGUAUGAGGUGCACGUCAGCGGCGAAGAGAGGAAACUGGACCUGGACGAAAAACCGCUGGUCGUGCAGCUGAACUGGAACAAAGAUGACCGAGAGGGACGCUUCGUCCUCAAGAACGAGAACGACAUCAUGCCCAAGAGAACACUGACGAACGGUCCUGAAAAAGAAAAAGACGGUGUGAUCCAGAACUUCAAAAGAACACUCUCUAAAAAGGAGAAGAAGAAAGAGAAGAAGAGAGAAAAGGAGGCCUUUUCCAGGAUUCCUGAUGGAGAUGAACACGAGCUGAACCGGGAGGACGGAGAGAACUCGCGGUUGGCUGCUGAGGUGUAUAAAGACAUGCCAGAGACCAGCUUCACGCGUACCAUCUCUAACCCUGAGGUGGUGAUGAAGAGGAGACGGCAGCAGAAGCUGGAGAAGAGGAUGCAGGAGUUUCGCAGCGGAGACGGUCGACCUGAUUCAGGGGGGACGCUGAGGAUCUAUGCCGAUAGUCUGAGACCCAACAUUCCCUACAAAACCAUCUUGCUCUCAACUACUGAUAUGGCCGACUUUGCCGUGGCCGAAGCUCUGGAGAAAUACGGUCUGGAGAAGGAGAACCCCAGAGAUUACUGCAUCGCACAGGUGAUUCAUGCGAAUGAUAAACCAGUGAAGGAGGCCGUCCUGGACGACAACGAUUGCCCUCUGCAGAUCCUCAGAGACUGGACGAGCGAUAAAGAAGCCCUGGUGUUCCAGCUGAAAAAGCGACCUCCAGACUACGUUCCCAGAAAAGGGCGUAAACCCGACAACAGGACGGGACCACCACACGGAUCCAUUCCUCCAGAGAAACUUCCCUACCUGGUUGAACUCAGUCCAGGGCGAGGAAGUCAUUAUGCCUACUACUACCGCCAUCAUGAAGACGGCUCAGACUCCAGGGACAAACCCAAACUCUACCGACUACAGCACAGCGUCACCGAGGUCGGAUCGGACCAGAGUGAAGAUGGAAACAUCCAGCUGUUUGGGCCUGGCAUCCUGCCUCACCACUGUGACCUUAUGCAUGCGGACGGGCUGGUAACCGUGACCCCGGUCAGCUUGGACGCAGAGACAUUCGUAGACGGACAGCGAAUCUCAGACACUACGAUUUUGCGCAGCGGUGUGACUGUUCAGUUCGGGGCCACACACGUUUUCAAAUUUGUGGACCCCAGCUACGACCAGAGCAUGUCCAAAAGGGACCUGGGGCCCAUGAUGAUGGGCAGAAACAAAUCAGGAAGCGUCCAAGAGACGACCUUUGACCUUCACGGGGACAUUCACAGUGGCUCUGCGAUCCCUACAAGCAAGAGCUCUGGGAAGCUGGAGAUGGAGCGUUCAGGAAACGGCAGCGAGAGAGGACUGGUGAAGCCCAUGAUCAGAGGAGAACAGCAGGACUUCAGACACGAUGGAAGAUCCCAGGACGGCCCCGAGCUGACGCUGCCGGCCAGCAUCGAGUUCAGGGAUAACUCCGAGGAUGCCUUCCUGUCCGCCAUCAUUAACUACACCAACAGCUCCACUGUGCAUUUCAAACUCUCGCCCACCUACGUGCUGUACAUGACGUGCCGUUACGUCAUGUCCAGCCAGUGCCGGCCAGACAUCAGCCCCUCGGAGCGCACGCACAAGGUCAUCGCCAUCAUCAACAAGAUGGUGAGCAUGAUGGAAGGAGUUAUCCAGGAGAUUGCUGAAGGUGAUCAGAAGCAGAAGAACAUCGCUGGAGCUCUGGCCUUCUGGAUGGCCAACGCUUCAGAACUGCUGAACUUCGUCAAGCAAGACAAAGAUCUCAGUCGCAUCACGCUGGACGCGCAGGACCUGCUCGCUCACCUGGUUCAGAUGGCUUUCAAGUACCUGGUACAUUGUUUGCAGUCGGACCUGAAUAAUUACAUGCAUGCUUUUCUGGAAGAUCCAGAUGAGCAGAACCCACAGAGGCCCAAGAUAGAGGAUGUUCUGCACACGCUGACGGGCGCCAUGUCUCUCCUGCGCCGUUGCCGUGUCAACGCUGCCCUCACCAUUCAGCUGUUCUCCCAGCUCUUCCACUUCAUCAACAUGUGGCUCUUUAACAAACUGGUGACGGAGGCUGACUCGGGUCUGUGCUCCCACUACUGGGGCGCCAUCCUGCGGCAACAGCUCAGCCACAUCGAGGCGUGGGCUGAGAAACAGGGUCUGGAGCUGGCCGCAGACUGCCAUCUCAGCCGCAUCGUACAGGCAACGACUCUUCUCACGAUGGACAAAUACUCCAUGCAAGAUGUGCCAAACAUCAACAACACCUGCUUCAAGCUCAACUCUCUUCAGCUCAACGCUCUGCUGAGCAACUACCACUGCGCUCCUGAUGAACCCUACAUUCCUCCUGAGCUGAUCGAUCACGUCGUCGCUGUGGCUGAGAACACGGCAGAUGAACUGGCCCGUAGCGACGGGCGGGAGGUCCAGCUAGAAGAGGACCCCGACCUGCAGCUGCCUUUCCUGCUGCCCGAAGACGGCUACUCGUGCGACGUGGUGCGAAACAUUCCCAACGGAUUCCAGGAGUUCCUGGAGCCGCUCUGUCAGAGAGGUUUCUGUAGGUUGACCCCUAAUCCACGUUCUCCUGGGACCUGGACCAUCUAUUUCGAAGGUGCCGAUUGUGACAGUCACUUCUCAGCUGACACUUCAGAACUGCCAAUGCGGAAGGAACCGGAAAUAGUGACGGUGACUUUGAAGAAACACAAUGGAAUGGGACUCAGUAUCGUGGCAGCCAAGGGUGCCGGACAGGACAAACUUGGCAUUUACGUCAAGUCCGUUGUGAAAGGAGGCGCAGCAGAGAUGGAUGGACGUCUGGCAGCCGGUGAUCAGUUGCUCAGCGUGGACGGGCGAAGUCUGGUUGGCCUGUCACAGGAAAGGGCGGCCGAAUUGAUGACACGAACCGGCUCGGUCGUAACGCUCGAGGUGGCCAAACAGGGAGCCAUUUACCACGGGCUGGCCACGCUCCUCAGCCAGCCGUCCCCCAUGAUGCAGCGCGCUUCAGACCGUGGACGUGGUGACAAAGGGAAGGCGAGACCAAAGAGCGAGGGCUUUGAACUGUACAACAACUCUGUGCAAAACGGUUCGCCGGAGAGCCCUCAGGACACGUGGGACACUUACCCUGAACCAAAGAAGGAGGACCGCUUACUGAAGAACCGCGCAGAUCACCGAUCCAGCCCCAAUGUUGCCAACCAGGCACAGAGUCCAGGUGGAAAGCCUGUUUACCCAGGAGCACCAGGAAAGAUCACGUCGGUCUCGACGGGGAACCUUUGUCCUGAUGAGGAGCCGUCACCACCCCGUCCAGAGGCGUAUCCGAUUCCAACUCAGACGUACCCGAGAGAAUAUUUCACAUUUCCAGCUUCUAAAUCUCAGGACAGGAUGGGCCCUGGUCAGCCCUGGCAAAAUAAUGAACCAGAGCCUCUUCCCCCAAUGGACAACCACACUAACAACAGCGUGUAUAUGCAGCGGGUGGCGCGAUCUCAAGAGGAGCUCUGCGACGUGCCAGCGGGAUAUCCUGGCGAACGUCUGCGUCAGGAAGAUCUAAUGCACCUGCAGCACCGCGAGGUCGAGUACAGAGGAGGCGGCGAGCACUGGAACCACCAGGUGUCAUCCUCCGUGGAGUCCAGCACCUCCAGCCAGGAGCACCUCAACUUCUCGUCGUCCUCCGGUUCCAGAAGCCAAGGGAACCACAAGAGCGGCCCCGGUCGCUGGAAGACCCCGAUCGCUCCCCAUUCUGGCCCCGUGGGGGUCUCUCAACCCUCCCGAGCAGACCUCCCGCCUCCCCCUCCUCCUCCACCCGCACACUAUGACUUCGAGCCGCAGGCCGAUCUGCCUCUCCCGCCCCCUCCUGCCGUCAUGCAGCAGCAAGCAGCGGCCGCCGCGGCCGACCGCAAGAAACGGGAGGAGCAGCAGCGCUGGUAUGAAAAAGAAAAGGCACGGCUUGAAGAGGAACGAGAGAGGAAGAGAAGAGACCAGGAGAGGAAGUUGGUGCAGGUCCGCAACCCCAGCGUCUCUGGACCCAUCACACACAACAACCAGCACAACAACCUACCGCCUCCCCCGCAACACCAACAGAUGCCCCCGCCUCCCGUGCCGGGACAGGUUCCCCAAGCGUACCAGCCGCCCCAAGCGUACCAGCCGCCCCAACCGCAGCCACCGGCUCGUCCUGAUAAGCUUUCCAGCCUCCCUCGGCAGCCACCGCAACCCCAGGACACGGUAAUCCGGGACCUCAUGCCCCAGCAGCAGCCACGCACCAUCGAGCGACGCGACCUGCAGUACAUCACUAUCAGUAAAGAAGAGCUGAGCGCCAGCGACAGCCUGUCGCCCGACCCCUGGAAGCGGGACGCACGCGAGAAACUCGAAAAACAGCAGCAGCUUCACAUCGUAGACCUGCUGGAUAAGGAGAUCCAGGAGCUGCAGGCCAAACCCGAGCGCACGGCGGAGGAGAGCGACCGGUUGCGUAAACUCAUGCUGGAGUGGCAGUUCCAGAAGAGACUGCAGGAGUCCAAGCAGAACGAGGAGGAUGAGGAGGAAGAGGAUGAUGAAGAUGUAGACACAACGCUGAUAAUGCAGAGACUGGAAGCGGAGAAGAGAGCACGGCAGACUGCUGUACCAGCAAUCUCUGUUCUAGACUUGCUACAGGACGAGGAGCGCAGACGGAAACAACAGCUGGAGGAGAUCCGCAAGCGUGAGGCGGAAGAACGAGCCAAACAGGAGGAAGAGAGACGCUGGCGAGAGGAAGAGAGAGCCAGACGAGAAACCGACGAGAAGAGGAGACAGGAGGAGGAGUACUACAUCCGCCUGGAGGCGGAGCGGCGCCGGCAGCACGAGGAAGCCGAGCGCAAGCUGUUGACGCCAGACGAGCCUGGUCUGUACAGACCCCCCCUUCCAUGGGACUACCAGACCCCUUCUCCCGCAACCGCCACUAACAACAGCAACAGCGCCCCCCCACCCCCGCCCCAGAGAAACACCUCCUACCUCAAAACCCAGGUCGCCUCCCCCGACACCAUAUACACUGCCAAGUUUGUCUCGUACAAUGACGAUGAGGAAGAGGAGGACGACCCAGGCCUAGCAGGUCAGGUUAAGCUAUCGGCCACCAGGAAGUCGUACGGCGACCUUCCACCUGCCCAAAAGCCCCAGCCGCCGCCCACCGCGCGCAAGCCCCGCCCCGUCUCGGACGGAAUCUUUCUGUCCAGCUCGUUCCAGCAUCCCGCUUCGGCAAAUGCCAACAGUACCGCUCUAAAGACAGGGCAGCCCCCUCCCCCUCCCGCCAAACCCGGCUUCAACUCGAAAGGGUUUAAUUCAUACACUGGAAACACAACGGGACUAGGAUCGGGAGAGGUUUACAAGGACCCGCGAGAGAAGUGGACGAAAGGAAGUCCGGACCAGGAAAACACAAUAGGCGGAGCCCCUGAAAAUCUGACUUUUAAGGAGCGGCAGAGACUCUUCUCGCAGGGAAAGGAAGUGUCAAAUAAAGUGAAAGCAUCCCGGAAGCUCAUGGAACUGGAGAACGAACUAAACAUAAAUCAGUAGGGAAGAGCCGGAGCAGGACUUUUGCCAACAUCCGACCCAUUCCUGGAAAAACCCACAUCCAGUCUGAGCUUCCCACACAUUUUUAAACAUUGGUUUUGGUUUUAUUGAAUAACUGGAAGGUUAAGUGUCGUUUAGCUGCAAUAAUACUGCGCAAAUUCCCUCCAAAUUAUCAAAGAUAUAUUAUAAUAAAUACUGUAAAUUGUUUUAAUUAUAUAAAUAAGAAGAUGAAAUUGAAGGGGGGGUAUAUUUUUGUUUGUGAAAUGUUAUUCAGAAAUGAUGCAUUCUGGGCUCGUUUUAUUUUUUUUUAAUAGGCAGUUGAUGUGGGGACGUUUUAUGGUGUUGUUUUAGGAAUUUUGUACAUCUUUCCAUCUUGUGGUUUUUUUCUUUGGAGAGUAAGUGCCGAUUUGAUAGACCGAUGUUAACGUUUCUUCGUUCAAAACAGAUGAACAGUAGUGUGUGAAUGAGAUGCUUCUUUUUUUGUGCCGUUUGCUUUCUUACUCAUCCUUCUGCGUUCACAAGGAACCCUUCCAUCAAGUGUCGUAACUGCGUUUAAUGUUUUUUUGUUUCUCAGAGCAUAACCUUAGUAGCGCCGUCGUGAAUUUCAGUUUAUCCUCUGGGAAUGUAGUCACUUGCCUGCGAGCUUGUCAUCCCACAAGAGCUCGAGAGUUUACCACUUCUAUCAUAAAAUAGUUUCUUUUACUGUUUUUCCUUAAAUUAAACUGAUGGCGUUUAGUCGAAUGAUAGCCGUAAGCAAAAGGUGUGAUGGUAGUAUAAUGGUGAAAAGAGAGACGAUUUAAAUAAAGAGGUUUGUUGAAAUAAGAUGCAGGAGCCUAUUAAACCGCAGGUAUUUAUUUAAUACUUCUUGACACAGAUUUGUUUGUAUUUAUACGUCCGGACAGUCUGCAGUUAAAUUUCGAGGAUCAUAUGCAUCCUGCCUUUAUUUUGGCAGCAUAGGCCAAUAUUCUACUAUUGAAAUGUACUUUUAAUGGGCUCCCACAGAUAACAGUAUUGCAGACCUUUAUUUAAAUUGAGCAUCUGGUCGUGUCUCCUCUGUUUGAAACACCUGCGUCUUUCCAUUCAUAGUCUAGAUCUGUGUAUAUAAUUUUCCUGAGAACACAGACUUUGUAAAUCCAAGUGAUGCAUAUAAGGGUAAUGUCAAUAUCCUUUCUUUUGCCACUUUGAAAAACAUAAACUGACACAUAUACACUGUCGUGUUUUCAUUUUAGGUUAAAGAUGAAUACGUUUGAUUCAUUUUAAUGGUUGUUACAUAGGCUUUUGUAAAUCAUAAAUAAAUACA